CACCCUCGCCAUAUUGAAUCAGGAAAUCGGGGCUCGAGAGCCGGACGCAUGUAAACAUCCACGUCAACGGGCAGCUGUUAUCUCAGAAACAAGGAUAACUUUUUCUUUUUCCGCCUCAGACUGAUGUGUUAUUAAACAGCACUGCUGGGACGUGUUGGUGAUCGGAACACCGGACUGUUAUCGGGAAUAAUAAUGACGUCCCUGACGCAGAGGAGCAGCUCGGGCCUGGUGCAGCGGCGGACCGAGGCCUCGCGUAACGCCACCGCCGACAAAGAGAAGAGCUGCGACGGGGACGAGUACGAAGAGCGCCGCGGUGAGGAAGACGAGGAGGAGCGGGGAGACUCGAAGGAGACGCGGCUCACACUGAUGGAGGAAGUGCUGCUGUUAGGGCUGAAGGACAGAGAGGGUUACACAUCGUUCUGGAAUGACUGCAUAUCUUCAGGUCUGAGAGGCUGCAUGCUUAUCGAGCUCAGCCUUCGAGGACGACUACAACUUGAACCUUGUGGCAUGAGGAGGAAAAGCCUGCUGGCCAGAAAGGUGCUGUGUAAAUCGGACGCUCCCACAGGAGACGUGCUGCUAGACGAGGCGCUGAAGCAUGUGAAGGAAACUCAGCCUCCUGAGACGGUGCAGAACUGGAUAGAACUUCUGAGUGGAGAGACGUGGAAUCCCCUGAAGCUCCACUACCAACUUCGCAACGUCCGUGAGCGUCUGGCGAAGAACCUGGUUGAGAAGGGUGUGCUGAGCACAGAGAAGCAGAACUUCCUGCUGUUCGACAUGACCACGCAUCCGCUGAGCAACAGCACGGUGAAGCAGCGCCUGGUCAAGAAGCUCCAGGAAGCCCUGCUCGACAAGUGGGUGAGGGAGCCGCAGCGCAUGGACAAACGUCUGCUCGCGCUCAUCCUCCUUGCACACUCCUCCGAUGUGCUGGAGAAUGCUUUCUCACCGCUGCAGGACGAGCAGUAUGAGCUCGUGACAAAGCGCCUGCGAUCGCUGGUUGAGCUCGAACCGGAGACCGAGGCGUCCAAAUCCGGUGCUAACGAGCUGCUCUGGGCUGUCGUGGCCAAUUUCACCAAAUGAACCUGAUUGAGAAUGGAAGAGAUGUAAAGAAUGAGCAAAUGUGGACUUUAUAUUCCAUGAACCUGCUAGAGAUUGUGGCUGCUUGCACCAGAUGAAAGGGAAUGAGAAAAGCUCAUGACCCUUGGAUUUAUACUUGGGUUAUACUGAACUAUACUGGAGGUGGUGGGAUUAUAAUAAUGGUGGAAUUUCUGUUAAUGAAGAAUUAUAGUGAUGAUGAUGAUGAUGAUGACGAUGAUGAUAUGAUGAUCAUAGUACAGUUUUUCAAUGAAACCAACCUCCCCAUCUUGGAGAUUUUGUGUAGUUCAGGUUUGAUCAGAAAUUAAUUGUUUCUCUGAGAGAUUUCCACUUAAACUCAUUUCCUUUACAUGAGCAGAGCUCAGUCUGCUCGUUCACAAGUGUCCAUCGAUGUAGGUUCAGACAGGACUGUUCUGACAUCUGGUUACGAAAUCACUGCCCUCAUUUCCACCUCACAAUAAAGCUAAAUGUAAAAUUGCACAACCGUCCUUUACCAAAAACAAAGAGAGUUUACACUUGGGCUGUGGGCCAGUGUGUCUAACAGGUAACAGAAAUCCAUCUUAAAGAAUAUGUUUCAUAAAAAAUAUGUCAGAAAUGUCAGAUGCUAAAGAUGUCGUAGUUGAUCAGUCAAUCCACAUUUCACUUUAAGUUUAAAUUUGGGAAUAUUUUUUUUUUUUAAUUAUUGCUGUACCAUGCGAUCUGUAUUUGGAUAUUGAUUUUAAUUUGUUCAUUGAUUCUCAGACUGGCUUUUCUCCAUAAUUCUGACAUGACCUAGCUGUGCUCUGGCUGAAAUCUGAUCCCUGUGCCAUCCAGUGAAACCUUCAGCUUUUGUCCCUAAUAUUUUUAUUUAGCACGUCAGAUCCUGAUUCUUACAAAGUCAUUAAAACAAAUCACUGAUUUUUUUAUUAUUUAAAAAAAAUAUAUAUAUAUUAGGGUUUCACUAUCGGCUUCAUCGCUGCUGUAUUUCGGUGAUGGCUUCGUAUAGAAUGACGUUAUUCAGGCAAAUUAUUAUUUUUUCCCCCUCACACAGUUAACUUACAUGCUAGUACAUGAUUCAGGGUUUCCUUGAGAAGGGUGUAUGUGUGUGUGUGUGUGUCUGUGUGUAUGUCCGAUGAUUUUUAGGGAUUUAAUGCACAUCAUAUUUAUUCCUGAACUUGACAAUAUCUGCACACUUCUUAAAUCUGUCCUGCACACUUCUUUUUUUCUGUCCAGCAGAUGGCAGUGUAACUCAGACAUUUUUUCCCCCCACAGCUCCUGAAAGAGGCCGUUGAACAAACGUAGUGGUUUCCCCUAAAUUAGAGCACUAACAAAUAGCAUCACUUACAUAGAGCGCACACUUAGAGAUCAAGAGGAAGACAGCGUAGGGUUUAGUGGGAGUGUAUUUGCGGAGCAUAGACAUGCAUUUCUAUCAGCAGACAUGAACAAACCCCUGAACAAAUGUAUUUAACAUGAAGUAGGCCUAAUCUAUUCAUCCUGUAUGCACUACUGAUAAUGUUUAUAAAUCAGAUUUAAAAGGGAAACAGCAUCAGAUUGGAGAAUGUUCUAGUGAAGUUAAAGCCGGCCACUAAGGAACCUCACUUGAAGCUGAUGAAGAAAUGAAAUUGCCUUCAAAGAUGUUCAAGAGCAUUCAAAGUGAAAACAGGCCAUGAAUAUAGUUAUAUUAUCAAAUAUUUAAAAUAAACUUCAAGGCUGUAACUAGUGUGGAGGAAAAAAGUCUCCUAAUGUCUAGUUUCUACAUACAAUAUCAGACACACGAACAACUCGCAUUACAAAACUAUUUUACCUCCUGACCUUGUGCUACAAAAAGGCUUUGUUUUCUUGAAGUGAAUUAAACGCUGUUAUACUAUUUAUUAUGGUAUAUUACUAUUUAUAAUAUGGUUUCAAGAUUAGUCUGUAAUUCAGUUAAUCGUUUUGCUCUGUUUGGGUUAAUAGGGAUGUACCAAUCAAAUGCACAGUAUGACUAUUGAACCAAAACUUUCCUGAAUCAUUGGAUCAUUAUCAAAUUUGCCAAAUGUUCUGGUUCUGUCUACAGACAUGUCAGCUUGUCUGGCCACUAUUUCCACCCCAAACUGAUUUUUGACUGCAAGAGCAUGGCAGAAAACAGGAUGUCCUCACUGUAACACCCUUUCUGUGAAAUGAGAAAGUAAGAUCAGUUCAUGCCUAGUUCUUUCUUAGUCAUUUCUCCUUACUCCCCUUACUGUGAAUGAGAAGAGGUUUCGGGUUUGGAUGUUGAUCUGCUGUUUGUACUUUGUAGUGCUGGUGGUGUGAGAGGAAACUGAAUUUGUACACUUUAUUUUUACCUUGUAAUAAAGGAUGAUCCUUUAAGUGCCUGAACUGGAUGUAAACAAA